GGAGAAGAAGCUCUCUGAGUUAACAAACCGUGGAUCUGAGCUGAAUCAUCUUCUUUUGGCCAAAGAGGUACAGCAUGUCCGAAAUGCUUGACGACAUCUUCGCACAGAACUUUCUAAAACUGGCCCGGGAUGAUGGCUUACUCCCGACACAGCCUCCACUCAAAGUCCCAGGGCAGAGUCAGUUGAACCGGUCAGCCUCCUUCUUCUCUCCCAACUCUCCCCCUGAAUCCUUGAGCCACAGCUUGAGCACUGAGCAUGUUGACGACGACGACAAUGGCAGCCCUUUCUGGUCAUCCAAUAUCUGGGGCCAGGCCCCUUUCUCUAAACCGAAACAGCUCCCCUUCAGGCCCGACCGCUCCAUGAGCCUGACUGAGUCCAGCAGCAGCCUGCUUUCCUCCUUUGGACAGCUGAAGAACCUAGGCCCUGCUACUACUGUGGCUCCCCCACCGGGCUUCCCUCCCUCUUCUGCCCUCUCAGCCCAGGUUCCACCAGGGCUGUCCUCUAACCGUUACAAGACUGAGCUGUGCCGUGGCUUCCAGGAAACUGGCAGCUGCAAGUAUGGUAGUAAGUGCCAGUUUGCCCACGGUGAGGCAGAGCUGAGAGGACUGUACCGCCACCCUAAGUACAAGACAGAGCCCUGCAGAACCUUUUACAACUUUGGCUACUGCCCUUACGGCUCACGCUGCCACUUCAUCCAUGAGGAGAAAAUCAGCGGAGGUCCAUUACCAUCUGCUAAAUUCCCUAAUCAGCGGCAGCCAACUCUCACAGCUCCCAGUGGUCAGAACCCACGCCACCAGCUCCGCCAGAGUGUCAGCUUUGCUGGAUUCCUGGGCUCUUCACGCAGCUCAUCUCCUCCAUCAUUCCCUUCAUCCUUCAAUGAUCCUAACCUGGGGUUCAGCCGUGCUCCCUCUGUUUCUCCACCUCCUGCUGAUCUCCUCUCCCCGGUGUUCACCGACUCCCUGCAGCGGGAGACAUCAGCAUUCCAGUUUGGCAACCAUCAGACACGUGCCAGUGCUGGAGACAUCCACAACAUUCCUCUCAUUCUGGAGCCAAAGACCUCGCGCUGUGUGUGUGGCCAUGGAAACAACUUCAACAGCAACAACAGCAGAGGCUUCACCAGCAUGGAGGAGGACGGGCAUCACCAGGACAGCAGCAUGCUUCUUCCUGGUAUUGGAGGCCACGGAGCAUUCAUGAAGCCUACUGGACUCCAACGUUUCUCCUCUGAGGACUCCCUGGAGGACAGCUACAGCAGUUCCAGUGGAGGUUCCAGUGGAACCGAGUCUCCAACGUUCGACGGAUCGGCCACCAAGAGGCUCAUUGUGUUUGAACGUCUCUCCCUGUCUGACUAAAUGGAUCCAAAGGGAAAGCACAGAAGAGAGCUGACACUUAGUUAACUGUGUCUGUCUAUCUGGACUUACUUAAGAACCAGAACUUAUCAGGACAAGUCAGCUUUGGAUGACACAAUAACACUUAAAAGUUCUUAAUUUAUGUUUGUAAAAAUUAAACUUGUUUUGGACAAACUACACAUACUGAGAUUAGUAACCAAAUGUUAUCAGACUCUAUUUUUAUACUUUAAAAUAUUGUGUAGCUUAUUAGACCUUUGUAUGUGGUCUUCCAUAAGAGCUAACUUCUCUGCAGGUCUUGACAGUACCAGUAAAUAGAUUACUGGGUAGUUACCAUACAUUGUUAGUGAUAAUCAUUAAUUCCAGUGCCUUAAAGAGUCUCCCUGCCUCUUAGGCUAUUCACUCAAAAUGCCAAGAACAGUAUGUUUGAUUCAGUAGCCUUAAUAAGUGAGACAUGACGUGUGUCAUUGAUCCAAUUUUCUCUGUGAUAUGCACUUUACAACUAAUUCGAAUGGGAGAAACUGUCAAAUCUCCCGGUAGCAUUCAGCCAAAGCUUUGUACUUCAUUCUGCUCUGUGUGCGUAUGUGCGUGUGUAUGUGUGUCCAUAUACACGCAUGUGUGGGUGUAUGUGUGCAGCACUUGUCAUUUUUCUGAGACCUGGGGUGCAUGCAUAAAUAAGUUUCAGACUGCUGAAAGAUCAGUGUGUGCUAACAGAAAAAUGCCUGUCACUGAGAUUAGAUCUGCAAAGCAUUCUGUCUGCUAAUUUGUAACUUGCACCCCAUCUUUUUCUUGUCCCCUGCUUGUUUGACAACCUGGUUCAGGGACUUUAACACCACAGUAUUCCUUUUGGUCAUUGGUUGCCUUUUAUUGUUUAACUUAAACUAAUAUAUUUAUUAUGAUAUUUAUUUGUGUUCAAUGAAAAACAAAUGUAUUUUGUACUUUAUUUAUGGAGAAAUAUUUCAAGGUCUGUGAAAUACCAAUGUGAGCAAAAGCAGUAAAAAAGAGAAUCUUAUAUUUUUGUCUGAAAAGGACUAAAUAAAUUUCUGAAUAAAGAAAUGAAUGUA